AUGUUAUUGAGCCCCGAAUUCUCGCUGGACACUUACAAUGUCUCUCUCCGGACGGGCUUUCUCCCCGAUGACCCUCCUUUGCGAUCCCUAGAGGAUCCGUACUACUGGCCAUGGGAGGAAUUAGUCCGUGAUCUACCGUUGCGUAUUCGCAACAAGACCAUCAGGGAUUCGGUGGAACAGAUGCCGGUUCUUUCCACAUCCAGUCUCCAGAACGAACCGCAAUGGAGACGAGCGUAUCUUCUCCUGGCAUAUCUCACCCAUGCGUACGUCUGGGGAGGAGACAAACCAAAAGAUGUUCUUCCUCCUGCGAUCGCUCGUCCCUUCCUAGAGGUCUCCAGUCACCUCGAGCUGCCGCCGUGUGCCACCUACGCGGCCCUAAACCUCUGGAACUACGCCAUCCCAGACGAGAACGCCGACCUCACAGACCCGGAGAUUCUAUCUGUCACAGCCUCACUUACCGGAACCAAGGAUGAAGAAUGGUUUCUGAUGCUAUCUGUCGCAAUCGAAGCCAAGGGUGCGCAGGUGAUCCCGUUGAUGUUCGAGGCCAUCCACGCCAUCAGUGUGGACGAUAGCGCCCGCGUGGCCAAUCUGCUGCAUAGGUUUAGCGAGUGUUUGCAGGAGCUUCGCCGGCUCCUGGAACGGAUGUACGAGCAGUGUCGUCCUCCCGUGUUCUUUCAUCAGCUGCGGCCGCUCCUCGCCGGAAGUAAGAACAUGGCCAAAGCCGGACUACCAAACGGAGUAUUUUAUGAUGUUGGCGACGGCGAAGGAAAGUGGCAUCAGUACAGUGGGGGAAGCAAUGCGCAGAGCUCCCUGAUCCAGACAUUUGAUAUCUUCCUCGGCGUGGAGCAUACAGCCACGGGCGAGGUGAAACCCAGCUCAGAGACGCAAACCGGCGCCAAGAAUGGGUUUAUGCAGGAGAUGCGAAACUACAUGCCCGGACCGCACCGACGGUUCCUGGAGAUGUUGGCUCGGAUUGCUUAUAUCCGGCCGUAUGCGAUGAGCCACAAUGUUGGAUCACCGGUGAGGGACGCCUACAACACCGCCGUGAUGUCGUUGGGACGGUUCCGCGACACGCACAUCCAGAUCGUCACACGGUAUAUCAUCAUGGCCGCAAAGACUGCACCGCCGAAGGACGUGCCGGUACAGGUCAACUUGGCGUCCGCUUCGACGGAACAUGUGAAGCACUCGAAGGAGGACGUUACGGGCGGACUGCAUGGCACAGGAGGCACGGAUUUGAUCCCGUUUCUCAAGCAGACUCGGGAUGCCACCAAAGCCGCAGCGAGCUACGCGGAGUAA